AUGUCUAAAAUAGACUCCGAAAAGAGCACUGAGAUACAUAACGUGCCCAGCGUUGGCUACGGAGAAAUACAGAACUAUGUCUCCAAUCGUACCGCCCAAGGUAUGCCAGCCUUGGAUGCUCUUGCCCAGGCUGAUGGCAAGAAUGCUGAGAAGUUGAUGGAAGAAGCUCAGGCCAACUUGGAAUUAGUUCAGGAGACCGGUUAUGCUCCAGAAUUGAGACGUAACUUUGGUGUGAUCUCAUUGUUAGGUGUGGGGUUUGGGUUAACCAACUCUUGGUUCGGUAUCUCGGCCUCUUUGGUCACAGGUAUCAGUUCUGGUGGUCCCAUGAUGAUCAUCUACGGUAUUCUCAUUGUUGCCUGUAUUUCCAUGUGUGUAGCCAUCAGUUUGAGUGAGUUGAUCAGUGCCAUGCCUAAUGCUGGUGGCCAAUACUACUGGACAAUGAAGUUGGCUCCCAAGAAAUACGCUCCUUUCUGGGCUUAUAUGUGUGGUGCUUUUGCAUGGGCUGGUUCCGUCUUCACAAGUGCUUCCGUUACUCUUUCCAUUGCUUCCUCGGCUGUCGGGAUGUACAUGUUGUACCAUCCAGACAAGACCAUCCAAACAUGGCAUGUGUUUGUAACUUAUGAAAUCGCCAACAUCUUAUUAGUAUUCUUCAACCUCUGGGAAAAACCUCUACCAGCCAUCUCAAAGAGUUCGUUGUAUAUCUCUCUUUUGUCGUUCUUGAUCAUCACUAUUGUGGUGUUGGCCAAAUCUGGAGGAGAAUUCCAAUCGGCCAACUUCGUGUUUGUGGAAUUUACUAACGGUACUGGUUGGAGUUCCAGUGGUAUUGCUUUCAUUGUUGGUUUGAUCAACCCCAACUGGUCCUUCAGUUGUUUGGAUGCUGCCACCCAUCUUGCUGAAGAAUUACUUGAACCAAGAAAGCAAAUUCCAAUUGCAAUUAUCGGCACUGUUAUUAUUGGAUUCAUCACCUCGUUCUCCUACUCCAUUGCCAUGUUCUUCUGCAUCAAGGAUUUGGACGCCAUCUACAACUCCAACACUGGUGUGCCAAUCAUGGAUAUCUUCUACCAGGUAUUGAACAAUAAGGCUGGUGCUGUCAUCUUGGAAUUCCUAAUUUUCUUGACUGCCAUCGGUUGUAACAUUGCCUCUCACACUUGGCAGGCUAGAUUAUGUUGGUCUUUUGCUAGAGACAAUGGUUUGCCAGGAUCCAGAUAUUGGUCCAAAGUCAACCCAAGAACUGGUGUUCCAGUGAAUGCCCAUCUUAUGUCUUGUGUGUGGUGUGCUAUCAUUGGUUGUAUCUACAUGGGCUCUACUACUGCCUACAAUGCCAUGGUCAUUGGGUGUAUUAUCUUUUUAUUGAUGUCAUACGCUGUGCCAGUUGUUUUCUUGUUAAUGAAGGGAAGAGACAACAUUAAGCAUGGUCCAUUCUGGUUAGGUAAAAUUGGACUUUUCGCCAACAUUGUUCUUCUCGUCUGGACUGUAUUCACUACUAUUUUCUACAGUUUCCCACCUGUCAUGCCAGUCACCGCAGGUAACAUGAACUACGUCUCUGUCGUAGUUGGUGUCUUUGGAGCAUACUGUAUUAUCUAUUGGUUUGCUAGAGGCAAAAAGAAGUUCAUCACUGCAGAAGACAGAGAAGCAAAGAUUGACGAGUUGACACACCAAUUGUCGCAACAAAUAUCACACAUAGAAGUCGUUCUCUCCCACAAGAACGACGUGUAA